AUGACAGAAAAAAAAUUUAUUUUUGUUAUUCCACCGGAACAUGUUCGACAUUUUGGUAAAGCUUUACAAAUUUUAACAAAACUCGGUGAAGAAAUCUAUAUUGAAUUAAUUACAAAAACGAAUGGUUUAAGCUUUCGUACAGCAAAUCAAUCAAGAUCAUCAUAUUCAUGUAUUACAUUUUAUCGAGAUUUUUUUCAAGAAUGGCCACAAGAUGAUUUACAAAAAGAAAAAAUUAAAUGUCGAAUUUCAGCUAAAGUAUAA